AUGGAGAGUGGAGGGAUGGAAACCGGUUUGACCGGUAGUGUUAUUAGGGUCUACAUUCCGAGUAGCUCCACCAAGCAGAAUUAUAGGAACUACACGUUUGCUUUCGUUCAGUUUGAGAAGGAAGAUGGGUUGAUGAAAGCGAUAGCAAAUUUGAAUGGUAUUUGGAUAGAUGGUAAGAAAGUCUCAGUUGGUGUAGCUAAGUACCAGAAGCAGAGGUCCAGGCAAGAGGAUAAUAGAGAUGUCAGAAGGGUAGAAGGUAAAUGGAAAAUAGGAACGACUUUGAGAAGAAGACCAAGGUCAGUGUCGAUCAGCAAAUUGAGGGAUGAAAGAACAUAUAAGAUGCGCUGGUCUCUUAUGACGAGCAAAGGGAAGUUCAGGGGAACAAAGAGUUUAAGGAGGGUCGUCCAGGAGAGAAAGAAGGACUGA